AUAUGCAACAUUAUAAAUUCUUUCUCCAAUUAUAUAGCCCAUAACCACAUGAAACUAGAUGCUCUCUCACUUGUCUUUUCUACCUCAUCACACCACAAUAUAAAUAUAUAUACACACACACUCUUCUUAAUCCAUCAUAUUUUAUACAAACACCCUUUUUCAAACACACUUAAUCUUCCCCUAGAAAUUCGGGUCUUGACCCGUUUUUUCCCACACUUUCUUGGGUUGAUCAUAUAAAUCUUUAUAUAUAUAUUCACUUUAGAUCUUGUCUUUUCAUAUUGGUUUUCUUGGUUAAAAGAACCAAAAUGGGGAAGAAGAAGAUGAUGAGUUUUGGCAAGUUUCUAGACAGUUUUUGUCUAACAAAUGGUGGUGCAAGUUCUUGUCUUUGUUGCACUAACAACUUUGAAAUCCAAGAUGACUAUGAGUUUGAGAGAGAACCACUUGUGGAUCAGUCCAAAGAUGCAUCAGAUAAACCUCAAACACUUGCCUUCUUUCUAAAGCCAAAGAUGGUCGUGUUAAGGGUCUCCAUGCAUUGCAAUGGUUGUGCAAGGAAGGUUCAAAGACACAUCGCCAAGAUGGAAGGAGUUACAUCCUACCAAGUGGACUUGGAAACCAAGAUGGUGAUUGUAAUGGGAGACAUUGUUCCAUUUGAGGUGUUGGAGAGUGUUUCAAAGGUCAAAAAUGCACAGCUUUGGACUGAACCAAUCUCAUAAAUUUGGAUAUAUUAUUGUCACCGAAAGUAGCGGCUGUUUAUUUUUAAAUAUAUCUAUAUAAAAUCCAAAAUAAUAUGGUUUGAGACAUUUCCUAGUUGGGCUUAACAUUAUUUGUAUAAUGUACCCAAGAAGUAGUCUGAUACAUUGCAAGCCCUAUAUAUGAUGUGGACUUCACUUGUUUCAAGCCCAUAUUAAAAAGGCUCAAACUUAUAUGCUAGUUAAUAGUUUUUGGAUUUAUAAGAAAACAAGUAUAGAAGUUGUAUAUUUAUGUUUCCUGAUGAAUUAGGUAUGCUAUUUUACAAUAUGUAAUCGUACAACAAGUUUCGCUUAUAUGUAAUUUGGUGAUUUUGAACAUCCUAGAUCAAGGAUUGUGGACUCGAAAUUAUGAUAAUAUAUAUGUAAUUCAACUUUUGAUA